CUAAAUUGCUCAGCUGUUCAACGCGUGCAAUGUUUUUGUUUUGGCGCUAAAAAUUAUUUAUUUCUCUUAGAAAUAUUGUUACAUUAAGCAUGUCUGCACCAUAUAAAAGAUUUCUUAACGUACUAGAGAAGUGGCCAGCAGAGAAAACGAAAGUCGGCAGGGAUCUGGGCGAACAAAUCCGCAAGCAAGUGACCAAACUAACAGACGCCACCAGCCAAAACUUUGCAUCCACUGAGCAGCUGAACAGGCAAAUCGACUCCUUGGAAAGGAUCUCCAAUAACGUCUAUGCGAAGAAGUAUAGGAGGCGUUACGAAUCGACGGCAACGGGCCUAACUGCUGCACAGUGUAACCAGGUACUCAGCUCUGAGUUUCUGCAGUAUCUGAACGAUGGCAAGCGCAAUUAAACCAAGGCAGCUGAUGCACCAAUUCCUGACUAGGCUAAGAUUAACAGCAAUACAAAAUAAAUACUAUUCAGUUACUGCCACGCCCUCAACUCCAGCUCAAGCUGCUCCACACGUGCCUGUGCUCUGCGACACCGCCAUUGAGUAUCUGCAGCCGCAGCCGGGAGGCAAGUACAUCGAUAUGACUUUUGGCGCUGGCGGACACGCGCGUCGUCUGCUAGACAACUGCCCAGAGGCCACAAUCUAUGCCCUUGAUCGAGAUCCAGUGGCUCAUCAACUAGCCCAACGUAUGAGCCAGGAGCAGAAUUAUAAAGGACGCCUAGUCCCAUUGCUUGGCAAAUUCUCGGAGCUACCGCAGCUGCUGCAAACACUAAAUGUGCCGCCCCGCAGUUUCGAUGGCGUGCUGUUCGAUUUUGGCUGCAGUUCCAUGCAGUUUGAUGAAGCUGCACGCGGCUUCUCUAUCGCACACAACGGGCCGCUGGACAUGCGUAUGGAUUGUGGACGUGGUGGAGUCAGCGCCGCGGAUGUGUUGGCCCGCAUUGAGGAGCCAGAUCUUGCGCGUAUUUUGCGAGUCUACGGCGAGGAGAAAGCGGCCAAGAAGAUAGCUCGUGCCAUUAUCGAGGCGCGUAGUGCACUGCAUCGCAUAGAAACCACUCACCAGCUGGCGGAUCUGGUAGCCUCUGUGCUGGGCGAAGGACAGCGUCUUGACAAGCUGCAGCGGCCAUCGCAUGUGGCCACUAAAACAUUUCAAGCACUGCGAAUCUUUGUCAACAACGAGUUGAAUGAGAUCAACUAUGGCAUGCUGCUGGCUAGGGAGCUGUUGCUGCGGGUCCAGGGUCGAUUGGUGGCCAUCACCUUUCACUCGCUGGAAGACACCAUUGUCAAGCGUCAUCUCAAUGGCAAUGUAAUUGAAGGAAUGGCCAACCCGGUACCACUGAAAUAUUGCGGACACGAUUUUACCCACGAUCCAGAGCUGUUAGAAUCGUUUGUCCAGUCCAAUUGGCGUCAACUGCACCGGCAUGUCAUCCUGCCCGAUGCCUCGGAGAUCGCACGCAACAGCCGCAGCCGCUCUGCAAAGCUGCGUGCCGCCGUUAAAAUAAAGUAAAUAAUAGAUUAAGAAAAGCCUGGUCAGGAAUAAAAUGGAAACUUCUUACAACCCACUCUCUCUUUCUUUCUUAACUCUCUCUUGAUAUUUGGAAUUUGCUAAUUGAUAUGUCCACCGAUUCUCAUGUUAUCUGCAUAGCAAUUCACACCUUGCGAUAAGGCACGUUUUUUCUGUUUUGUUUCUACUCUUUUUUUUUCAUUUUGUUGGUUUUUGUUUGCAUUUUGUGUUUUCUUGUGGAAUUUGUUUGUUUCGCACCGAAUUCAGGUAGUAAAUAGAUUACGAAGUCCGUGUUAUAUAUAACUAAUAGAAUUAUACUAAGCG